UCCAGGUAACUAUUGAUUCAGCCUUUUCCGCAAUCAAAGUACAUGUUUCGUCUAAUCUGCAAAAAGGUGCCCCAACUAUUAAGGCGCAGAGCUUCACCAAUCUGCCAUGGCCACUUGUUCACAACUUCAUCUCUCAAAACCAUAUCAGAACUACCCAAUUCCACGGAUCCAAAAUCUGUUACAGUCUCCUUCCUCCGAAACUCAUGUGGGCUGUCCUUGGAGUUGGCUGUUUCUGCUUCCAAGAAGCUCAACAUUGAGAACAUAGAGAAUCCCAAUCUCGUUCUGGACCUGUUGAGAACUCACGGUUUGACGCAGAACCAGAUCAGACACUUAAUUAGUAAUCGUCCGUUAUUGCUUUCGGCCGAUUUAGGCAAAACCCUUAGGCCCAACAUGGAGUUGUUUAAAUCCUUAGGGUUUUCUGGCGCUAGCCUCGCCAAACUGCUCAGCAAAGAUCCACGUGUGCUUGAGAGUGAUGCAUACACUGUGGUUGAGUUUUUUAGAGCACAUGGUUUCAGUGACGAGCAAAUAUCGACUUUGACCAUGAAGCGUCCGAUAUUGUAUACACUCGAUACACAAAAGAUCUUGAAGCCAAAGUUAGAGUUUUUUAAAUCUUUGGGCUUUUCAUACCUCGAAAUUGCAAAUCGUUUAUCCGUAGAGCCCUAUAUUUUAGGAAGGAGUCUCGAAAACCAAAUCAUUCCUUGUGUUCAAAAGCUUAAGCGGAUUCUGGGCACUGACGAUAAUGUUUUAAAGGCGGUAAAGGCACGCUUCUCGUUGGUUGAAUUUAAUGUGGAAACAGUGUUACAGCCGAACAUAUCAAUAUUGCUAAGCCAUGGUGUUCCCAAUUCAUUAGUUGUUAAGAUCUUUGUGAUGGAACCAAGAUCGCUGCUUAUGAGGACUUAUCGGUUUAGUGAGAUUGUUAAUGAGGUUAUGAAAUUGGGUUUUAAUCCCAAUAAUCUACUAUUUGUUCUAGCCAUCCGUUCAAUGGCAUUGAUGAGUAAAGCACUGUGGGAGAAAAAGGUGGAAGCUUUUAGAAGUUUUGGUUUGUCAAAGGAUGAAAUUGAUUCAGCAUUCAGGCUGCAACCAAUGUGUAUGAUUACUUCAGAGAAGAAGAUCAUGAAAGUGAUGGGGUUCUUUGUGAACAAUCUGAAGAUGAAGCCUUCAAUUAUCUCCAAGUGUCCGAAUCUUCUCCUGCUUAGCCUGGAGAAGCGGAUAAUUCCAAGGUGUUCAGUUCUGCAACUUCUGAUGUCUAAGGGGUUGAUUAAGGAAGAUACUAGAAUACUUCAUACGUUUAGAAUGACUGAGAAAACAUUCGUCGAGAAGUUAGUGAAAAAGUAUCAGAAUGAGGUUCCUGAUGUGAUAAGAGCGCACCAAGGCAAGAUAGAUUUUCAAGGGUUCCCCAUUGAUUUAAGAUUUUGACUACUUAUGAGAUCAUUGAAUACUUUGGGCCUUUCCAAAAGACCAUGAGUUCAGAUUGACUUCAUAUGUUGCCAAUAGGAAUAGAAACUAUUGAAUGUUGCCAAAAGACAGUUAUAUAGUUUUCAAGUUCUAACAUUUUCUAAGGGAUGCAACCGAAAGAAUUUAAUGCCAGAGUUUUGCUGCAGCUGCAUUUAGUUUAAUCAAUCUACAUUGCGUACAACAUGCAAGGAAUAGAAGCUUAGUCAAACUUGAUCUGAACCUUUUACUACACAGCAGACCUUAUGUACUUCUCGUUUGUUAAUUAUAGCUUUCUUUUGUAAUGAGAUUUAGUGAACUUGUAAUACGGGAAAGUUUCGUUAAAGACUCAGAUUGUCAGCUGGAAUAAGUGUGGUUAAUAGUUGUAAGAGUUUGAUCCAUUGGAACAUGAGGGCUCAUUAGUGGGAUUACAACUGAAAUUGAUAAUACCGUAUGCAAAACCAGAGAAACAAAAUAUGUACUGAGAUGUACCAUCUGUGUCCAUUUGCUACCCUAUCUUGACAUGGAUGUGAGCAUGCUAGAAUCCAUUUCCAAUAGCGUUUGCCAGAAGCCAACCUGAGUUUGCAAGAAAAACCUUCAACUUAGAGUUUGGAUGCUUCACCUUUAUCAUCAAUUUGGGAUAAAAAUUCAAUUGGUUUGUAUAUGUGGUGUGAUCCUUAUUACAACUUUAGCUUAAACAUGUGCAUUUAUUUUUAAUAAAGUUAUUACGUGAAGCCUUAUUCCUGCUA